AUGGCCGAACUAAAGCCCGUCGACGGCACAGACGUCUACCUCUGGAAAUACCUUCCGUCAAUACCCGCCGCAAUCGUAUUCCUUGCGUUAUUCACAUUGAUCACCAUUGCUCACACCUGGCGCAUGGUCAAGACGCAAACCUGGUUCACCAGUGUCUUUGUUAUUGGUGGAGUGUUUCAAAUCCUCGGUUACGCCAUCCGCUUGGUUUCUCACUACUACACCAAUGAGAUUGCGCCAUACGUCAUUCAAAUCACUUUCAUUCUCCUUGCACCCGUCUUCUACGCUGCCUCCAUUUACAUGGUACUCGGUCGUCUCAUCGUUAGCGUGCACGGCGAGCACUGCUCCAUCGUCCGUCCAGCCAAAAUGACCAAGAUAUUUGUUGCCGGCGAUUUUCUUGCCCUGACAGUGCAAGGCAACGCAGCCGGACUCACGGCAAAGGCUAAGACUCAAAAAAUCGGAGAGUACAUCGUUGUCUCUGGACUCUUUAUCCAGUUAAUCGUGUUUGGAUACUUUAUCAUCGUGGCGAUGAUAUUCCAUAGGAGGAUGAACAGACAUAUCGCCAAGGAGCCUGGAUUGAUGCCAGAUGUCCCAUGGAGGCAAGGGUUGAAGAUGCUCUACGCCUGCAGUGCCUUGAUUAUGGUACGAUCAAUCUUCCGUGUCGUCGAGUAUCUUCAAGGCGUGGAUGGAUAUUUGCUAUCACAUGAGUGGCCAAUGUACGUCUUCGAUGCUGUGCUCAUGUUGGCUGUACAAAUUAUUUUCUUCAUUUGGUUCCCAGACAAAUUCAGCCAAGGUAAGGGGCAUAUACUCGUGGAAAGCGAAACCGAGUUAAUACCGAGGUAG